CUUGCGUCACUCCCAGCAGGCUGGGGUGCUUGGCAAUAUGAUCGGGAUGGUCAGCUGGCCAGGCUGAAUUGGGAAAGGGGGAGGAGAAGCAGAGCCGCUUGCUGCCGCGUCUGGAACUGUUGCCCAGGCUGCUCCCGGGGUCUUUCAGCUCGCCCAGCACACAAGGCCCGGCUGGCCGCUCUGCCUUCCCUGAAUCCACCGCUUCGCACCAAGGCAACGCUUUGCUCCAAUGGCACCCAAGAAAAAAGCACCAAAGAAAAGCAAGCUGGAAAGAGUCGAGUCUGCUAAAAAUACCACACUGCUAGAGGACCCCUCUUUGGACAUUGACCAUCAGCAGCAGCUUGAUGGCUUGUUUGAAAAUGGGUCAGAUGGAUUUCUCUGCACUGCCACAGAAGUCACCAAUCCGAGUCACGGAGCCAGCGCUAUGGCGGAGAUGCAGCGCAUGCAGCAGGAGCAGGUCCUUUGUGACCUCACCAUUGUCACCAAAACCAAAACCUUCAGUGUUCACAAGCUGGUUCUGUCUUCAUGCAGUGAGUAUUUCAGAAAUCUCCUGAGAAGAAAUUCCAGGCUCCAACAAGUAGACCUCAAAGAUAUCUCUGCCUUAGGCCUGGCCACCGUUAUUUCCUAUGCCUACACUGGAAAGCUGAGUCUCUCUUUGUAUACCAUUGGGAGCAUCAUUUCCACCGCUAACCAUCUGCAGAUGCAUGCUCUGCUCAACAUGUGCACUGACUUCCUCAACCAGGAGAUGAACGUAGAGAACUGGAUGUACAUUGCCAAUAUGGCGGACGUAUACAAUCUCAGCCAGACAAAAGAUGCAGCCAGGAUAUUCAUCCGGGAACAUUUCCUUGAGUUCUCCAAUACAGAGCAGUUCAUGAAACUCACCUUUGAUCAGCUCAAUGAAUUGUUGAUGGAUGAUUACCUUCAGUUCCCCAGUGAAGUGAUGGUCUUCCAGAUUGCCAUGAAAUGGCUUGAAUUUGACCCCAAACGAAUCAAGCAUGCUGCUGACCUCCUGCACAAUGUCCGGUUUGGCACUAUCCCAGCCCAAGACUUGAUCAACUAUGUCCAGCCUGUGCCAUGUAUGAUGCAAAACCCAGAAUGUCACAGGCUUCUGGUAGAUGCCAUGAAUUACCACUUGCUUCCUUAUCAGCAAAAUGAUCUCCAGUCCCGAAGGACAAAGAUUCGAGGAAGCUGUAAAGUCUUGCUUGCUGUUGGUGGGCGCCCAUGUUCGAGUGAGAAGGCUCUUAGCAAAGAUGUAAGCUACAGAGAUCAAGAAGGAAACUGGAAUAAGCUAACAGAGAUGCCAACCAAGUGUUUUAACCAAUGCGUUGUGGUUAUGGAUGGAUUUCUUUAUGUGGCAGGAGGAGAGGAUCAAAAUGAUGCUCGGAACCAGGCAAAGCACGCAAUUAGCAAUCUGUGCAGGUAUGACCCCCGUUUUAGCACCUGGCUGCACUUGGCCAGCAUGUCACACAAAAGAACCCACUUCAGCCUCAGUGCCUUCAACGGGCAUCUCUACGCUGUUGGCGGACGCAACAGCAAGGGAACACUCAACUCUCUCGAACGCUACGUCCCUUCUGCCAACAGCUGGCAAGCCAAAGCCGACACGGAGCUGCCCCGCUGCUGCCACGCCAGCGUGGUCGUUGGCGGCAAGAUCCUGGUCACCGGCGGCUACGUGAACAACGCUUACUCCCGGACCGUUUGCAGCUACGACCCCGCCACCGACUCUUGGCGGGACUGCGCUUGGCUGAGCAGCCCUCGAGGCUGGCACGGUGCCGCCGCCGCAGCAGACCGAGCCUAUGUCCUGGGGGGCAGCCAGCUGGGCGCCCGAGGGGAGCGGGUGGACGUCCUCCCUGUGGAGUGCUACGACCCCUCCACAAACCAGUGGAGCUACGUGGCCCCCCUGCCCACUGGCUUAAGCAUGGCUGGGGUGGCCACACUCGGAGGGCUAAUCCUGCUGGUAGGGGGUUGGAACGAAAGCGGGAAGAAAUACGAGAAGAGGAUCCAGGCCUACAACCCUGAUCUGGAUGACUGGGCAGAGGAAGGGGAGCUUCCUGAGGGCACGGUAGGGGUGUCCUGCUGCACCAUCGCGCUCCCGCACUCCAGCGCCAGGGAGUCCAGGGCGAGCUCGGCAGCCUCGGCAGCCAUCAGCAUCUGAGGGUAGGCAGGCGGUGGUGGAGGGCGGCAUCCACAACCUGCCUCGGGCGGCAUGUCGUACUGGGUCACGGGGAAGCUCUUCUACAAAGCAAAACUCAGUGGACCUUGGUUUUGGCAAUUUUAUAAAACAGUCUCACUAGAUGUUUAGUACUAUUUUAUGACAACACAUCUCAUCUUACCUCACAGACCUUUAUCAGGAUUACAAGAUGAACCUGUUCAAAGAUGUUUAAUCGUCCAGUUCAUGUCUGGUCUUUAAUACAGAGCCUUAAGUGUCCUCAGACUGGAAAAGCUUGCUGCCCUCACCCCAGAAAUAUUGCCUCCACUUUAUGGAUUUGGCCUUCAAAGCCUACCUUGAAUGAAUUACUUCAAUGGAAUAUAAGGUUCAAAAGGGUUAAAUUAAACACAAGCUACUCCAUAAA